UCACAUCUGUUGCUCAAACAAGACAAAAAAAAUUCACACAACUCAAUAGCCAAGCCGGGUUGCUCAUUAUUUCUAAAGUUCUGAUCUUUCGUGAGCGAUGUCUGAAUUAUUCGGUAAGCAACGCUUAGACUGAUUUUGUUAUUACGCAGUUCCCUCAGGUUAUUAUUGUUAACAACCUUUGCUUAAGAAAUAUUAGCUCUCUAACCUGGAAACCAUGGAGUCGGUACGGUAGUAUUUGCUGAGACUCCUUCAAAGAGAUGAUGAUAACAAAACGUGGUUCAAGGCAUAACACGAUUACUACACGAGAUCAUAUAUUUUAUUCUUUCAGACGCUGGGUUUUGAGUCAUAGUUGAAUCGACUUGAUAUCGACUUACGUUAGAGGUGCCAGUUUAUGUCACGCAACGGCAUAAUGUAAUACAGUGCUCUAUAGCAACUAAACUGGAUUUACUCGUCGGGCCCAAAUGUAGAGGCUGUGGUUAUGUGCUUGGCAGCCGUACGGUCUUUAUUACGGUGUUGUUAUUACGGUGGCCGGGGGCGGGAGAGCCCAUCACGGGGGUACGGCAGACUGUUUGGAUUAUCAGACUCCCACCAUGGACGGAAUAGGAACAGGGGCCAGGUUUAAUUACCCUUGGGGUAUCGUUUUCGACGCGGAAGACAAUGUACUUUAUGUGGGUGACUGUGGCUGCCCCGAAACGGUCCACAGCAAUGAUCGUUUAAGGAAAAUCAAUGUCACGACUGGCCGAGUAACGACAUUAGCCGGCAGUGCUCAGGGAUACAAGGAUGGGAUCGGUGAAAAUGCUAAGUUCCGUCACGUGUCAGGUAUAGUUAUGGAUAAAGUCGAGAGAGUUUUAUAUGUUGCCGAUAGCGGAAACGACCGAAUAAGAAAAGUUGAUAUUAACACAGCUAACGUAAUUACAUUUGCUGGUAGUGGGGAGUCUGGAUUCCUUGAUGACGUAGGACUCAAAGCUAUGAUGUCCAAUCCUCAACAACUGGAAUUAGACAGCAUGAAAAGGAGGCUGUUCCUUAGUGAUACGGAUAAUCACGCAAUACGGAUUAUCUCAUUACCAAACGGAGAAGUUACAACAAUAGCAGGUGGUAGUCAAGGAUUAAUGGACGGCAUCGGAAAAGAUGCAAAAUUUUAUCACCCAACCGGCAUCUCACUUGAUGUGCUUACUGGAACACUAUACGUGGCUGAUCACUAUAACCAUAUGAUACGAACAGUGGACAUAAAUAGUGGUGAAGUCACUUCACUGGCGGGUGGGGGAAGAGAAGGAUUUAAGGAUGGUUUUGGAAAAGAAGCGAGGUUCAAUUAUCCUGAGGGGUUGUACUUUGACACCGAUUCUAAUUUACUCUAUGUUGCAGAGUUUGACAGCCAUGCCAUAAGGAUUGUUACCCCUGCAGGUGAAGUAAGGACGCUGGCCGGCGGGACUGAAGGCUUCAGAGACGGAGUCGGCAAGGAAGCGAGAUUUUUUCAUCCCACUGGGUUAACGUUUGACAAUAAAAGAAAAGUUAUAUACGUUACAGACCAGUAUAAUCACAUGGUGAGGAGUAUCACUGCAGUUGGUACAACAGUCGUAGAUCCCAAGAAAUCAGGUUUGAUCCAGACUCUUCGGAAGACAAGAGACACGCCAUAUUUAUUUGCAUGUUUCUUUUUUACUGUAAUCGUUCUUUUUAUCCUCGCGCUCUGGUUUCGACGGAGUUUGCGAUAUUUGUUUAGGAAAAGACAUUUUUAGUAAGUUAAAAAUUUUGGAAAUUCUCGCCCUUCAGUGAAACCUGCAUUAAUUAAGUUAGUUUAAAUUAAGAGUUAUAGUAAGAUUACACCCUGUGAAAAGCAGAGACCAGCUGUGUUCUGAUUUAUUUCUUCCUAUGUUCUGUAAAACAAUUUUGUAUUCAACGGUUACCUCUAUUAGAUGGACGCGGGCACUGAAACCCCAAAAUUAUCAAAACAAGGGGACGUACCAAGAAGUUUUACUAUAAAUCUCAUAAUUAUUAAGGAAACUGUUGAGUUUUAACACUGCGUUCAGUUCACGUUAUUGAGUGUUACACGACCCAUAAUAAUGUAUCGAUAAGCCAUUUUUUAGCACAUACUACACGAGCACAUUGCACUUUGAAAAUUUGUUUUCGACCCGGCAUAUUUCUAAUUUGUAACAUAAUUUCAUUCUAGCAAACCGUCAUAGGCCUCCCUUCGCCUUUUUACACGAUCAGUGUCGAAGAGAAGUGGGAAGAUUUGUUCGUUAUCGUUUAAACUUAUUACACUGGUACUAUGACUCAGCUGAAUCUAUAGCUUAAGGGGGCUCGUGGAAGGUUUCUCUAUACUUUCUGAGAGCGGAGCCAAAUGAUUGAGACGUUACAGCCUUUGUGUUUAAGGAAGAAGACCCAUUUUUUGAAUUUUUAUAGCACAAAUCAGAUAAAGAGCGAGAAAAUAAAACGCAAGAAAUGGUUCCUUC